AUGGCGAUUGUUAAAAGAGGUGGCCGUUCCAAGGUCAAGCAACAAGAGGCGCCUGCAAGAUCCGGGAUCAAGAAGGCUGAGUUUGAUUUGCACAAGAAGAAAGAGGUGGGUGUCUCGGACUUGACUCUCUUGUCGAAGAUUUCCGACGAGUCCAUCAAUGAAAACCUACACAAAAGAUUUAUGAAUGGUACCAUCUACACAUACAUUGGCCAUGUUCUUAUUUCGGUCAAUCCAUUCCAAGACCUCGGCAUAUAUACCCAGCAGACAUUGAACAUGUACAAGGGUAAAAAUAGGUUGGAGGUACCACCGCACGUUUAUGCCAUUGCAGAAGCGAUGUACUACAACUUGAAGUCAUAUGGGGAUAGUCAAUGUGUCAUCAUUUCUGGUGAAUCCGGUGCCGGUAAAACCGAAGCUGCGAAGCAGAUCAUGCAAUACAUUGCAAACGUGUCGGUGGAUGACCAGCUCAAUGGUAAUUCUUCUUCGUCAGGAAUUGGUAAAAUCAAGGAUAUGGUCUUGGCUACAAACCCCUUGUUGGAAUCAUUUGGUUGUGCUAAGACAUUGAGAAAUAACAACUCCUCUAGACACGGAAAGUACCUUGAAAUCUUCUUCAAUCCUCAGAACUACCAACCCAUUGCUGCGCACAUUACCAACUAUUUGUUGGAGAAACAAAGAGUUGUUCAACAAAUUACCAACGAGAGAAAUUUCCAUAUUUUUUACCAGUUUACGAAGCACUGUCCUCAGCAAUAUCAGCAGCUGUACGGAAUUCAAGGCCCUGAAACUUACAUCUAUACUUCGGCAGCGAGAUGUACAUCUGCAGAUGGCAUAGAUGAUGGGAAGGAUUUUUCAGAAACGUUGAAUGCCAUGAAUAUCAUCGGAUUACAGCAAGUCGAGCAAGACAACAUCUUCAGAAUGUUAGCAGCGAUCCUUUGGAUUGGUAACAUCUCAUUUGUGGAAAACGAAGAAGGUAAUGCAGCUAUAAGAGAUGAAGGUGUGACAAAUUUUGUGGCCUACCUCUUGGAAGUUGACUCAGAACUCUUGAAAAAAGCUAUUGUCGAGAGAAUUAUUGAAACCUCGCACGGUAUGAGGAGAGGCUCAACAUAUCACGUUCCUUUGAAUAUUGUCCAAGCUGUUGCGCUGAGGGAUGCUCUAGCCAAGGGAAUUUACAAUAACCUUUUCGAAUGGAUCGUGGAGAGAGUGAACAGAUCGUUGAAGGAUCCCUCUCAGAAUUACGAAAAGAAGUCUGUGGGUAUUUUGGAUAUUUAUGGGUUCGAGAUUUUUGAACAGAAUUCGUUUGAACAGAUUUGCAUCAACUACGUGAACGAGAAAUUACAGCAGAUCUUCAUUCAGCUUACUUUAAAAGCAGAGCAAGAGGAGUACGUUCAAGAACAAAUUCAAUGGACUCCUAUUGAGUACUUCAAUAAUAAGGUUGUCUGUGAUUUGAUUGAGGCUACUAGACCUCAACCCGGUUUGUUUGCGGCCUUAAAUGAUUCAAUUAAGACAGCACAUGCCGACUCCGAUGCCGCUGACCAAGUUUUUGCACAAAGAUUGUCCAUGGUUGGUGCUAGUAACAAGCAUUUCGAAGAUAGAAGAGGUAAGUUUAUCAUCAAGCACUACGCCGGUGAUGUUACCUACGAGGUUUCUGGCAUGACCGACAAAAACAAAGACAAUAUGUUGAGAGACCUUCUUGAAGUCUUAUCAACGUCAUCGAACGCAUUUGUCACCGCUGAGCUUUUCCCACCACAACUCCUCGCGGCUGUGACGGAUAGCAAGAAGAGACCUGAGACUGCUUCUGAUAAAAUAAAGAAAAGUGCAAACGUUUUGGUUGACACAUUGUCUCAGUGCCAACCUUCUUAUAUCAGAACAAUCAAACCCAAUCAAACCAAAAGACCUAAGGAGUACGAGAAUCAGCAAGUGUUGCAUCAGAUUAAAUACUUGGGUUUGAAAGAGAACGUGAGAAUUAGAAGAGCGGGAUUCGCCUAUAGAACAACUUUCGAUAAGUUUGUGCAAAGAUUCUAUUUGUUAUCUCCCAAGACUGGUUACGCUGGUGACUACAUCUGGCAUGGCGACGAUAUCACUGCUGUGAAAGAGAUUCUCAAGUCAUGUCAUAUUCCUCCCACUGAAUACCAAUUGGGAACUACCAAGGUUUUCAUCAAAACUCCGGAGACCUUGUUUGCAUUGGAGGACAUGAGGGACAAAUACUGGCAUAACAUGGCUGCCAGAAUUCAGAGGGCUUGGAGACGGUACAUGAAAAGGAAGGAGGAUGCCGCUAAAGUCCUCCAAACAGCUUGGAGGACAAAGAAGCAUGGUAAUAAGUUCGAGCAGCUUCGAGACAAGGGAACUGAUAUUCUUGGUGGUAGAAAGGAGAGAAGAAGAAUGUCUUUGUUGGGUUCUCGAGCUUACAUGGGUGACUAUCUUGGCUGUAACCAAUCAAGCGGUUACGGAAGAUUUGUCGUAUCACAAGCCGGCAUCAAUGAGUAUGUCGUCUUCUCCGGAAAGGGAGAGAUUCUUUUGUCCAAAUUUGGCAGAUCUUCUAAGAGACUUCCAAGAAUCUUCAUCCUCACAAACUCCAACUUGUACGUUGUCGCCGAGGUGGUGGUCGAGAAACGUCUUGCAUUGCAAAAGGAGUUUACUUUGCCCAUAAAUGGUAUCAAUUAUCUUGGUUUAUCAUCAUUCCUGGAUAACUGGUUGGCAGUUUCGAUGCACCACGCGUCUGCGACUACACCAGAUAUUUUCAUAAGCUUGGACUUCAAGACGGAAUUGGUUACUCAUUUAAAGCAGUUGAACAGAGGUAUUACGGUGAAGAUUGGGCCUACGAUUGAAUAUCAAAAGAAGCCUGGUAAGAUGCAUACCGUGAAGAUUAUUGUGGGGGCAUCCUCUGCCAAUGGUGACACGUACAAGUCUGGUAACGUUACUGUCGGACAAGGUUUGCCGGCUUCUAGCAGAAAUCCUAAGAGGCCCCGUGCUAAAGCAACUUCUGUCGAUUAUCAGAAGUAUUACAACAGAGGUGCCCAAAUGAGGUCAAAUGCGCAGACUUACAAUAACUUGCACAGCACUCAGAAUAAUGGAUCUCAUGCUCUUCUGCAACUGGCAGCUGCCCAUGCAUACCAGCAAGCCCAACCCAGAAGCGCCCCUCUGCCAGCCACUCACACUCAGCCUGGAUUGAAACAGCUGAAGAGACCUCCACCAGCACCACCCGGUAUCGCACAGGCUGGUCAAAAUGUGCAACAACAGUCGCAGGCUAAACCUCCUCCUCCAAGACCUGUCAAGAAAACACCAGCUCCUCAACCUCCUGCCAAAUCAACGAGAGCUCCCGAGGUGAAGCGCUCUGCACCUCAACCACCGCCGCCACCACCAGCGCCACCAUCCAAACCAGCACGCGAACCAAAGUUUCCAACUUAUCGUGUUUUGUUCGAUUAUGAUGGCUCGGUCGCUGGUUCGGUCGCGUUGGUCAAAGAUAGUGUGGUUUAUGUUGCAAGUGUUAACGGCAAAUGGGGUCUUGUGAAGGAUUUGGACGAAACAUACGAGGGAUGGUCACCAAUGGACUAUAUGAAAGAGAUUGAGCCUCCAGCUGAUUUGUUCUCGAACAACGUCUCUAAGCCUGCCCCUCAGGCCCCAAGUGUUCCAACACCUCAAGCACAACAAGCUACUGCGUCAGAGCCACAAGCUAACACAUCGGAGAGGCCAGCAAUGCUUCCAACUACUUCUUCCGGUAAUGGUUUAGGAAACGGCUUGGCUGAUGCAAUUUUGGCGAAAAAGAGUGGAGAUGUCACUUUGGCAGGAUCUCUCGCUGAUGCUUUGAAGAAACGUAAAGGUGCAACUGGUAACGACAGUGACGACGAAGAAGAUGACGACGAUGAGUGGUAA